AGAACUUGGACUGAACCGAUGCCAUGCUCCAAAAGUUAUUUGGUCUGAUUGUUUUUGGUCCUGUGUUGCAAAUGAGAGUGAAGUUGCUUCUUUGCCCCGCCCCGCCUUAAUUCUUUUCUAGUAGGGGCUGGCACUGAAUGUGACUUCUGAUAGGAAGCACCGUGGACUUGAACUGUUUGCCUGCACCAGACUUCAACAUCUCUCUUCUUGCCCUCUCAUACGUAUAUGAGGUUGUCCGCGGGCUGGUUGGGAACUAGUGGCAGAGAUCGCUGCGCCCAGACUGCUUGCUUGUUUGAGCAGUGUCCUUUCUGAGCCAGUUUUCAGGUGAAUACUGGAAGCAUUGGCACUUUCAGCUGGUCUUCUGUCUGCGUGUUGCAACCUCAGAAAACCAGCAGGAUGGCUGCAAACAAGAGCAAGAACCAGAGCUCCUUGGUCCUUCACAAGGUGAUCAUGGUUGGCAGUGGAGGGGUAGGCAAGUCUGCUCUGACACUUCAGUUCAUGUAUGAUGAGUUUGUAGAAGACUAUGAGCCUACAAAAGCUGACAGUUACAGGAAGAAAGUAGUUCUCGAUGGAGAGGAAGUCCAGAUAGACAUUCUGGACACGGCUGGACAAGAGGACUAUGCAGCCAUCCGAGACAACUACUUCCGCAGCGGGGAAGGUUUUCUCCUUGUGUUCUCAAUCACUGAGCAUGAAUCAUUCACAGCAACUGCUGAGUUCAGGGAACAGAUCCUCCGUGUUAAGGCUGAAGAAGAUAAAAUUCCGUUACUCAUCGUGGGGAACAAGUCUGACUUAGAGGAGCGGAGACAGGUGCCGUCGGAGGAGGCCAGGAGUAAGGCAGCCGAGUGGGCUGUGCAGUAUGUGGAGACGUCAGCCAAAACGCGGGCCAAUGUGGACAAGGUGUUCUUUGACCUAAUGAGAGAAAUUCGAGCAAAGAAGAUGUCAGAAAACAAAGACAAGAAUGGCAAGAAAAGCAGCAAGAACAAGAAAAGUUUUAAAGAAAGAUGUUGUUUACUGUGAAUGCCAUGUAGUGGGUGAAGUCGUCUCCUCUAGGGUCACAGGAUGGCUCUUUAAGAGAAGCAUGGAGCCAACUUCUUGGUGUGUUCUCUGCUUUCCACAACCUCAUGCAUACUGUUUUAAAUGGGGGAAAAUGUUUGUGAAUCAGUGUCUGGCAGAAGAAAUAAGCCCUUGUCCAUGCAAUGGAGUGGCUCCUUUCUUGGGGAGGGGAGGGGUGUUGGAGUUACCUUCAUUCCCUCCUCCCGCCCUUCCAAAAGCUUAGUCACGUUUAUAGUGCUGUAGGUAGGACAGAGUCCAGUAUUAAUUAAAAAGACAAAGUACUGUCACAGCAUUUUAUUUUUUUCUAGUUUUGUAACAUUGCCAUCUUUGUUUUGAAAUAAAAAUGUCAUAUUUCAUUAGAAUUGAGGAGAGAAGUUGGGUAAGACACUGCAGCUCUUAACAGCUUAACAGCAGUACUCUGAAAAAUCCAUUCAGCUCUGAUGACAUGGGAAAAUUCAGACACGUUUUGGAUAAGUUUCUUGGCAAAACCCUGUGAACUCGAAGCACAGCUAAAAAAAUGCAUUUGAAUUGGGUCAGAUAGGUUAGUAACAAGGUCAUAAAUCCUUCUCAAGAAUGGGAAAUGAGGGUUAUAUUCUUCCUAUUUAAUUAUUGGCCAGUUAUGGUCUCUGCCGUCUGCUUUUCUCCUGCAGCACCCUGAUUCUUGUAUAGGUGCUGCUUUUUAGAAGUUAAGUGAAGACUCAAGAGUAGUACACUUCAUAAAUGAUACACUUUUCUAAUCAGAUUAAAAAAAUGUUUUUGCUUAGUAUUUUUAUUUCCAGUUGUAUGGUUAGGCCCCUCCUUUUCCACUGGCAAUCUAUACUCUAUCCUCCUGAUGAUCCUCUCUCUGCAUGCAGAGGUUGAGAGAGCUGCUUCUUUGGUUUUUUACAGUGUAAUGUGAGUUGUUGUGAAGAACGGGGUGAGUUAAGAUCAUGUUAUUGAUUCAGGAAGCCAGAGCCUGUGCCAGAUUACUGUUCCCUCUCACGGAGCUGCUCUGUGAUUCUAAAUUGAAAGGAGGAGCAAAGAGAGACAUCUGUUGCCGUCUUAUCUCUGCGAAUUGGUUGCUGUUUCUCAUCUAAUUUUUUCUGAGACAGUCAUAUAGUUAGUUAAUAAAAAAUUUUUGUUGAUGAGAUAUUUUAAUCUUAUAUCAACAGUCUAAAUUCAGCAAUCAGAAAAUUUUUCACUAGGAAAAAGUAUUGUGAUAAAAAGCCAGUAUUCAGCACAUUUUUCCCCAUUUCUCAGAAGUGACAUUUCACAUAUAGGUGCCAAAAGUGAACUUCGGUGGGGAGAGCAGGAACCUUUUAAAUUGAUGGUUAUUACAGAAAUUACAGAAAUUGUCAUCUGACUGGAAAACAAUCUUGUAUCGCCUCCCAAAGAAUCAUGGGCUUUUUUGAAUUAAAAAAGCAAAUAUA